AAAUAUCCGAGUGCGCGAGCCUCGCGGGAGGUUAUUAUGCGAAACAAUGGGGGGCGAGAGAGACGUGAAAUAUCGGGCUGAAAUGCAAACCUAUGCGAAAAUGUGAAAGUUAAGAGUUGGAAAUUUCGCUUUCCUCGAAACUUUCGACGAGAAAUGGCAACAAUUUAUGCGGACGGCGCGAUAUUUGCAUCACAAGCGCGCGAGUGACAUGAACGGACGCACUUUUGCGCGCUUGGUCGGCCGAGUUCACGCGAUACGCGAUUUGCGAGCGUUUAAAUUAAAUUUUUCAGCGUGAGUUUCAAGAGCCCGAAAUUUUUGAGGAACUGGCUGGACAAGUUGCAGCGGAGAUGGAAUCGGAAGAGAAGCGGUAGCGACAAGGACGAAGACAACGACAAGCGAGUGAUCAUAAUCGCCCGCAGCAUACCGCCCGGUUCUCACGAGGGCGUUAAAAUGGGCUCGAAGACUUUCCUGAUUCUUCGCGAGCACACAGCGCCCAGAGCACCGCCGACUCGCCUCUCCAAAUAUUCACCGGAUAACGUCUGCUCUCGCUACUAUCCGACCUGUUCGUCGCACCGCUGCCAUCGUCGCUAGUACACACACAAUGGGACACGGCAAGAACUGCAGAUGCAAGUCCGGGGAAAGAUCGAAAGGGCCCAAGAGGCCGAGGAAGAAAAGGGAUAGCCGGUGUGAAUCAGCGUUUACUUGCGACGACGACAAAUUGCGGCCUCCGAGCGCGGAAUUGUCGAUCGCAGGGGCGUGUUGUAGCAGCAGCGGCGGCAGUCAAAUCAAAAGUCGCAGAGGGAAUUCCGGCGGUUGCGGCAAAGAGGAAAGAGCGACUCAUUCUCCGACAACUCCUUCCCCGGGCCAUUGUCGAUUUCCCGAAUCCAACCAGGCUAAAAAGAAGAAGAACGUCGCCGAGUCCUGUUGCGGCAAUUGUUGUGACACGAGGGAAAGCGACGAGGCCGCCUGUUGCUCGAAUGGCCCGGCUAUCAAGUGUGGAAGGAACGCGGACGCGUGUGCCGGUACGGCGAGCACCGGAUGCGCGGAGCCGUGUAAGAAGGAGAAGAAGCGGAAGUACAAGAAGAUUUGGAAGAAUUUUAAAAGCGUAUGGUCCCGGAGGACCAGAAGAGAGAUAGCCAUCGAGAGGUCCUUCAGAAAGGUGGUCAGAGAUCAGUCCGUCAACACGUGCAGCUCGAAUGCCAGCCUCGACUAUCGGUACAGCUUCACCGAGUGCAAGAUGCUCACGGGGAUUUUGAAGCACGAAAAGGUUGCACCGGAUAAAUCCUUUUCCGACAUCGGAUGCUGUACGAGCAGUGGAGUCUUGCCGAACUACGAUACGAAAUCGCAGGAAAGUAUUCGUUCGUCGCGGUCGACUGGACUGGACGAAAAUGUAGCGACGAGCAAACCUGUGCAAGAGAAAACUAAAAAGUCCCCACCUGCAGCAGAACCUCAAGAAGCAAAGCCGUCGGGUGGACUGUUCAAAAAGUUCGCCGGUAAAUCCUCGAAAGAUAAAAACUCCGAUAAAGAUAGCAAAACUGCGCGCAGCACUUCGAGCUCUAAAGUAGCAGCGGAUAAGUCUCCUAAAAAAGAGCAAAAUACAAAAGUAACGAUAAAAGAAACGCCGAGUCAAAGUAAGUCGUCGCAUGCAAAAAAUCCAAGCCAAGCCGUAAAUAAAGGAGUCGGGACUAAUGACGUAGAAAGAGAAAAAUCGAAGCAAAAUAUAAGUGUGAAAGAAGUCUCCGAUGGAUGUCAGCCUAAAGGUCACGCAAUGGAGUGCAAAGAUUUCCUUGUUUGUCAAUGCUCAAAGGGUGCGAAGUCCAAAAUCAAGCACAGCAGCUGUGGCCAAGACAGUUGUUCCUAGCAUCGUGAAGAAAUUUAAAAAGUUCAUUACAAACAUCAUGCAAUAGAGCAUAAUCGAAUAAAAAAAAACGAAGCUAAUCCUACUCAGCUUUCCAG